UGUCAUUUGAAGAUACCAUAUGAGCUAAAACCAAGGGAUCACAUUACAAUAUCAAUAGUCAACCGGUCUUGUUUAGGUUUCAAGUACUUUUGCAGAUUAUAGGAAGUAAUGGUAGCAGUAUGGCUGAUGUUAAACAAGAUAUGUUACCUGACUCUACACAAGGAGAAACUCCAGAUCAGAAGAAAGGAACUAAGAGAAAAGGAUCUAAGGAUGGAAAGAAGAAGAAAAAGGUUGCAAAGAGAAAGUCAAAGAUCACAGGUAAAAGGAAGACGAAGAGCAGCCCUGGAAGUGAUGUUGAUUCGGACUUGGAUUUGAGCAAAGAGAAACAACCUCUUGAGUUUUAUCUCCAUGAUAGAGAAGAAUUGAUCAAUGAAGCAUUCAUAGCAGUCACAGGACUUCAGCUUACCAACAUGGUACCUGAUAUACUCAAGUAUGUUCCAUUGGAUGAGCUGAAGCGACUAUGUCUGAACCAGUUAGAAGGAUUGUCAAGAAAGAGGAUCAGGCAUAUCAUUCAAGGAACAGAGAUGCUGUCUUCAUCAGAUUCCGAUGAAUCGGCUCCAGAGGAUGAAGUAGGAGCCGUCACUAUGACGACCACCUCAGUACAAGCAGAUGUUACUGUGAAUACGGAAGGAGAGAAGAAAGAUGGUGCAGAGAUGGAGACAUGUGUGGAUAGCACCAUCGUGCCUCUCACAAACACUCAUCCUGAUUCACAGAAAGUUGGCAUGGAGAGCAAGGCGGAGGAUAUUGAUGGUGUUCCCGUGGAGGUUGAUGUAAACAUUGAGGAACUAGCGUUUGGUAAAUCAGGAGCUCAACCUGGUUCCAGGGCAGUCAAGACCAGCUCUGGAGAUGGUGUAUCGAAUACAGCAGCUAAGCCUUCAAAGGAUACCAGUAAAACCAAGAGUAAAGGAUCCACAGAGAAGCAUUCACAGGUAUCAUCAACUCAUCAGAGAUCAACAAGUAGAUCACCAAGAAGAAGAAGAAGAAGCUGGUCUUCAAGGAGUCAUUCAAGAGGGCGCUACUCAAGGAGUCGUUCUAGAUCUAGGAGGAGAUCCUGGAGCCGUUCAAGGAGCCGGUCUAGGAGCUGGUCUCGUAGCUGGUCCAGGAGUAGAUCUAGAUCCAGGACCAGGAGCAGGUCUCCAGGAAGGAAGGAAGCUCUCCCUGUGGAUCCUCCCUUGCCCCCGUCUCCACCUCCACCUCCACCUCAUGUUGAUGCAAUCCAGAUGAGGUAUCCGACCCCGCCCACUCCCAGCGGAAGCUUGUCAUCAGGAGAGAUCAGAGAGAUUCUAGAGCUGGAGAGUGAAGAAGAUGAAGAGGAGGAGGAGAAGGAAGCCUUGGAGGAGAGGAGGUGUAGGGAACAAGAGAUGAGGAGAAAGUUAGAAGGAUUAGUAGGUGGUAGAAAGGGUUUAGAACACAAGGUACCAGGUAAGAUGACAUGUGUUUCUGUGACCGGUAAGCUAGAGGAUGAUGCUGCUCCUCCUGGUGUGGAUGAUGAUGAUGACUUGGUGGUACAAUGUCAGAGUGGUCCAGCGGAAAGCAUCAGUUCUGUUUCUCAGAGCUGUGGAGAUGUAGCAGCAGGGAAUGAAGAAGCGGAAACCAGAGAGAAGGCUGGAACAUAUCCAGGCAAAAUGAGCUGUGAAGAGGAUGAUGAUGACGAAGAAGAUGACAGUGAUGAUGAUGAAGAUGAUAGUGAUGAUAGUGAUGAAGAUAGCGAGGACAAUGAAGAUGAUGAUGAUGAUGAUGAUAUCAAUCUAGACUCAUUAGAUUUAGGUGUUGAUAUGUCCAAGGCUGCUGGACAGCCUUCUCAGCUAGCUCUUGCCCGCGCCUCGAUCACAUCACCUUUGACCUCUAACGCACCAGAAGAGAAAAAAGACUCUGGAGAAGCUGAGCUUGAAGUCCUGGAACUAGAGCUUCGAGCUAGGGCUAUCCGUUCACUCAUGCAUAAAUGUCUCAAGGAAGAUGACAAGACGUAGUGCAUUUACAGUGCAAUAACAUAUUAAUCAUGUAUUCAAUCCUGGAGUGGCCAGUAUCAAGGUGUAUUGAUGUAUGUCAUCGAUGGAAAGAAACAGUGAUGCCCUGAAUGGAUAACCUCUGUGGUAUCCGUCAUACCUUGAUUGAUGUCAGGUCAUCAUUGGAAGGAUGAAAUAAAAAGGUUUCAGCAUGGAUUCAUUUCCAAUACUGCUGUCUGCUUUACCUCAUAUUAGAGGCUGCUUAAAGAUCUUAAGGCAUCGAUUAACAAUGUUAAAUCUGAGAUGCAAUGCCCUACGUGUUAUCAGCGUCUGUGAUACAGUGUAAUAUU